AUGCUGAAAUCCGUGGCCAUGAUGACGAUGGUGGCCGCUGAUGGACGCGGGUUCGCGCGCUACAAAGACCGCAUGCGCAGAAGCGAUCCAAGUUGGGUACUCAUCGUGGGGCCUGUCGACCGGUGCGAAGGCGAAACGAUACUGGAGUACAUUACCGUGUUCGUGUACUCGUUGCUGCGUCCAAACGCGGGGCGUCAACGAAAACGGCGUGUUGGUUGGCCGACGACUGUGGGGACCUUGGUCGGGUCUUUGGUUAAUUUUGCCUUGACCCGUCGAUCGUUUUGCGGGCCUUUAGCUUCGCCGACACAUGGCUCAUUCAUGUCAAACCCGUUUGCUUGCGCUCAUCCCUUCCAUUGCGUUCUUUACUCAUGA